GCGCGCCGCCGCGAGGCCGACGUGGGGCUCGCGCCGUUUCGGGCUCUCGGGGCGGGCAGGGCGAGUGCGCGCCUGGGAGGGGGCGCGCGCGGACGGCCGGGUGGCGGCGGCGGCGGCGGCUCGCGGAGGCGGCGGCUUCACUCCGGGACUCGGCGUCGGAGCCGCGGCUGGAGCGCGGGCGGCGCCUCGAGGAUCUAAAAUGUCCACGGAGGCACAGAGAGUGGACGACAGCCCAAGCACUAGUGGAGGGAGCUCCGAUGGGGAUCAGCGGGAGAGCGUCCAGCAAGAACCCGAGCGAGAGCAAGUUCAGCCCAAGAAGAAGGAGGGGAAGAUAUCCAGCAAGACGGCUGCCAAACUGUCCACCAGUGCCAAAAGAAUUCAGAAGGAGCUUGCAGAGAUUACGCUGGACCCCCCUCCGAACUGUAGCGCUGGACCCAAAGGAGACAACAUCUAUGAAUGGAGGUCAACUAUAUUGGGGCCCCCAGGAUCUGUGUAUGAAGGAGGGGUGUUCUUUCUUGACAUCACCUUUUCACCAGACUAUCCAUUUAAACCCCCCAAGGUCACCUUCCGAACGAGAAUCUACCACUGUAAUAUCAACAGCCAAGGGGUGAUCUGUCUGGACAUCCUCAAGGACAACUGGAGCCCAGCCCUGACCAUCUCGAAAGUCCUCCUGUCCAUCUGCUCACUCCUCACAGACUGCAACCCUGCCGACCCUCUGGUGGGCAGCAUUGCCACACAGUACAUGACCAACAGAGCCGAGCAUGACCGGAUGGCCAGACAGUGGACCAAGCGGUACGCCACCUAGGGGCCUCCAUGUGCCUGCUGUGUGCGAGCACAUUCACCAAGUGCAUCGAUAGCCCGCCUGCCCUCCAGACCUCCGUUCUGUUUCCUGUUUUUAUUAAAUUUUGAACUGUUUUGUGAUGGUA